AUGGAGAACGUCUCUUCCUCGCUGGAAAAUCUACCAAAGCAUAGUGACCAAAAUUUCAGUGUGUCGGAUUACGGAUACAUCGUUAUCACAGCACUACUGACGCCUUCCGUCCUCUCUUUUAGCACUCUGGUUAUCGGAGUUAUACGGAAAUUCAAACGACUUCAGACGCCUACCAACUUCUUCAUUGCAUCGCUGGCUUCUGCAGACAUUUUGGUGGCCCUGAUGAUUCCAAUUUUUACCACCUCUUUACUUCUGCCGGCGAAUUUAUACCACGAACUCGUUUGCUCGAUCCCAAAUCGUUUGCUGAUCUUGUCUUGUGGUGCGUCGAUCCUCUCUUUAGCAGCAGUGGCGUUUGAUCGCUACAUUGCUUUGACGAAUUCUCUAGAAUACGUUCAGAUCAUGACAAAGAGGAAGACUUAUAGUCUUAUAGUGUCUGCUUGGAUCUAUUCAGCUUUGAUUGUAUCUAUUCCAAUGUCAUUUACAAAAGACCAUUCCGUUGGAAACCCGCGAAAGAAUUGCGGGUUUGGACAUAUCCACCCGCGUGGUCAUUUGCUCUUUGCAAGUAUGUUGUUUUUCCCGGCGUGUGUGCUCAUAUUUUUCUGUUACUAUAAAAUAUUUACAAUUGCUAAACAUCAAAGUAGAGCUAUUUAUGACCAAGAACAGUCCAUAGCAAACGCAAUCCAUAUGAGAUAUGUGAACCGAGACUGUAAAUACGCAAAGACGCUGGCUGUUCUAAUACUGGUUUUCAUCGUUUUCUGGUUCCCAUUUCAGUUCACCCUUCUUCUGAUCGCUCUUACGGAUAUUCAGGUUUGUGAUGAAGUUUUAAAUUAUCUUCUGUACCUUGCAGCAUUCAAUAGCGUGAUGAAUCCAUGGCUUUAUGCCUACAAGAACACUCAUAUUCGGUCUGCCUUCAGGAAAAUUUCUUCCACAGUGACGUCUGCAUUCAAGCAGACGACCCGCCAUUUGUCCACAACCACCCCAAACGAACCCUCGUUGUCGUCUGAUUACAAACUCAACCAGACAGACAGCAGAAUGGAACAGGUGGACAUCAUGCAACAGCUCGAGCUCAACUCGGACAUGUUUGCAGACGACUGUUGGGCGUACGAACCUAAGAAAAUGUCUGUACAUUCGGUAGGCUCUACCAUAACCCAUAAUGGACGUAAAAUAGUGGUCCCCAGUCUGGUUAUAGAGGAUAUGGAGGGGAGUUCUGACCUAAAUUUGCCGAAAAUUGAAUCGGCAUCGUCCAUGCAGGACCAACCUACCGAUUUAAUGAUUCAUAUGUAA